CUGCGUUCACUCGAAGCCAACAGUUUUACCAGGGACUCUGGCGAAAUACGACGUGUUUCUGUUGUCGUUCCUAAAGCGGCGGCGCGCAAAGUUUGUAUCGAGUCGGCGUGGUGCAUGUAGCGCGAGUGCGUCCGGCGAGUUGUUCCAAGAUUUCUCAACACUGUGCGGCGGCGUCGAUUGACGGUUGAAGAAAAGCAGCGUAAAACCUCGUGCAAAAAAUCAUACGAGCAUAGAAGAUAGAUGUCUCGAUGCGUUCAGAGUGUAAUGUGCAUUAAAUUUGACGCAAAGUGAAGUGUAAAUGAAAUAAGUAGCUUCAGUUUUUGGCAUAGUGAGCCGAAAAACCACUGACCAGUGAGUCAAAAAAAGCCACUUCGAAGUGUUUGUAAGAGUGCUUAUUUAUUUAUAAUAGCGUGCAGUGUACAGUCGAUCUCGAUUCGCAAACCAACCGAAGAAGACCAAACUAGAUCAACAUCAACUAUUAAGCAGCUCACAUUUCACGGCAAUUCAUCCGACAUUGAAACAAGUUUAUCGCCGCAACCGUGAUUCACCCUGUCGGACCGUUAGUCGAUGACAGAGCGACAACGGUCGCUGGAAGCAAUGCGGAAUGCAAUAACUGCGCUGGUAAUAUUGCUGGCCUGGGUGACACUUUGCAAUGGUCACGGAAGACUGAUAGAGCCACCGAGUAGAGCAUCUGCCUGGAGGUACGGAUUUUCAACACCACCGAACUAUAACGAUCAUGAGUUGUACUGUGGAGGCUUCAACCGGCAGUGGCAGAAAAACGAUGGCAAAUGCGGGGAAUGUGGAGAUGCCUACGAUGUUCCAAAGCCCAGGCCGCACGAAUACGGUGGUAAAUGGGGUCAAGGAGUAAUUGUGAGGCGUUAUAGACCAGGAUCUGUAUUUACGCUGAGGGUAGAACUUACUGCUAGCCAUAUGGGGUAUUUUGAGUUCCGAAUUUGUGACAAUGUGAAAGCCCAGCAGGAUUGUUUGGACCAGCAUCCGUUGAAAAUUCUUAGUGGCACACCCAGCAUACCACAUCCAAACGAUCUGGAGACACGUUUCUAUCCUCGCAAUGGCAGCCGAAUUUACGAAAUGAAAGCAGAACUGCCUCAAAACUUUCAGUGCACAAACUGCGUUAUCCAGUGGAAGUACAUCGCCGGUAACAAUUGGGGCAUGUGUCCGGAUGGUAACGGAGCGGUCGGCUGUGGGCCACAAGAAGAAUUUCGUGCAUGUGCGGAUGUUUCGGUAGGCGAUACCAAUGACACCGGCAAUCGUACUCCGAUUCGACCAGGAUACCGACCACCGCCAACUCGAGUGCCAGCCGUUACGCCCGACCAAGCUGGUGCAGCUGGAAAUGAGACCAACGCGGAUGAAGAGAUGCCAACGGGAGUCAAGUACAUGGGACCAUUGGUUGCCAUUCUGUCGCUUUUUCUGGUCUUAUGUGGAUUUGCUGCACUCUAUAUUUAUCACUAUCAUGGGGGGCGGAUAAAGGCUCUGAUGCGCUGGAAUCGCGACAAAAGUCAAAAGAUGGCGGCUAAUAUGGCGGAAGCGAGUACACCGAGCUUUUGCGAACCUACUAACCCACCAGUCCCGCCACCUAGAACCAAAAGAAUCUCGCAGCAAAUUCGUGAUAUUGAAGCCGAAGAAUCUAGCGUACUGACCGGGAGCACUAAAUCUUCGAUAUUGACGCCCAAGUUAACGAUAGUCGCAAAAACUGAUAGCAGUACUCCUUUCGGGAGGGAUUAAAAUAAGAGAAAAGUGAACCUCAGUGUCAAUAUUGUUUCACAAGUGGUCGCUAGAAAGGACAAGUGUUUUUAUUUAUUAUAUAAAACGUAGAUUAUAGUAGCAAAAUUGAAGCAAACUGGUGACUAGCGCCAGCACUGACUGAUAACAACCACAAAUGAUUCACGUUUAAAUUAGCCGGUAAGCGUGUCUAGAUGGAGAGAGUUAUGCGAAUGUAGUGUAGAGUUUAUUACUACUUCCAUGCUGCCAACAGUGAGCGCUAAGCAGUUCACGAGCUGCGAUAAAGCUCGGCUGAUUUACUUAUGCGCGUAGGGGAGAACGGUCCAAAAUGCACCCCUGGGGCAAAACGGCCUCACUCAUAAAAUCACUCAUAUAAUCUGUUGUAGUACAUUUAUGAACGAAUAUUACCAUUACAAUUCAUAAUUAGUUAUCCAUCGUUGAGCUCCAUUGGAAAAAAUCAGCGAAACCCCUUCAUAUUCACUCAAAUUUACCGAUUUGCUAUUCUUCCACCACAUCCGUAAAAUUAUAGCUCAAUCCAUUAAGAAAAAACAAACAACCAUGCGUUCACCAUCAUUUUACAUGCAAUUGAGUCAUUUUAGACCACCAUUCUGGCGUUUUGCCCCAGGCCUAUUUUUAAAACAUUUUUUAAAUGCGUUAGAAAGUCAUGAAAACCUUAUUGUUUUGAAUAGGAGAUCAUUGUGAAAUGUAGCUGGGUUUGUAAAUUUGCACCUAUACGUUAAAAUGGUUGGAUAUUUUUGUUUAUAUGGGCGAAAACAGCGAAAAAGCUUAAGGGGUGCAUUUUGGACCGUUCUCCCCUACAUAAACAAAGGAGAGGUAAUCGUUGACUCAUCGCAUUCGGUCUUUAGUCGACCGACGAUGGUGUUGAUAUGAAAUAAAUGAUCGAAUAGUAUCAAUUAGUAUGCCGAA